AUGCUGCUGGCGACCACAGAUUAUACAUCCUAUACAACGAUGAGUCUGCUACAGAAUUGGAUCUCGAUCACGAGGUUCUUCGCUAUAUUCCAAGACGGAAAAUAUUACCAAAUCGUCGAGAAGGCGUCGAUAUUUUAUGUCGGCGCGAUAAUCUUGCUGCUGUGGGGUUUCAACGGGUCGUUGAUCGGGACGAGAGUGGAGAACGCUAAAAAGGCGAAAGUCGCGCAGAAAAGCGAGCGCACAACUCAACACGCACAUAGGAGUGUGGCGUCGGGAUCGUUGAUCCAGCUACUGGUUACCUAUGCUACACCGGCUACCAUUUCACACCAGUAUUUUAUUGGCGAGCUUGCUUAUUCUUCAAAACCGCUUUCCAUCAAAAACUAUAUGACAUUUUACCCGAAAUGCUACUCGGUCUGCAAGGAA